CUUGCCGCCAGGGAUGGGUCGGAACAACAUUAACUUGCAGCCUCGCAUGUCGUGAUGAGACAGUGGUGAUGCUAGAGUCACAUCCAGCCUGCUCUACUGAUGAAAGGUUAGCAGAGCGGGCAGCCCAAUGGUCAUGGCGAGAGGAGCGGGCUGGAGGAAGGCGUCGAGGCCGCAGGCGAGACUGGAGCACGGUGAGGCUGGCGCAAGGGAAUGGACGUCUUCGGAUGACCUCAGCCACUUCACACCACAAUCGACUCGGGUCGCCUCUCGCCCGCCGCCAUUGAUGGUCAUGACUGCAAAGCCGAAGGGCAGCCCAUGUCAGUGUCGAUGGUGACACAGGCGAGUGACAGACUGGUUGGCCAACCAGACCAAGUGUGUGCGACCUCUGCAUUAGCGAUGUCCAGAGCUGAACAAUAGAGGGGCAAGCAAAGGUGUUUGCUCCCUUGUCAGGCUGAAUUCUGACACGGAACCCGUACAUUCCGAGCAGGAAUAAAAUGGCGAGCCAGACAAUCUAUGGUGACACAGAGCGGCAAAGACCAAAUCCCAUGCAGCCACGUCCCCUUUUUGUCACCCUCACCCUUGAAGAACAAACACCAUCGGCAGAUGAAGUGCCAUCGCUAUCGGUUGUUGAUGCAACACUUCGGUCUGCUGCACAGCGUGUUAGGUCUCCAUUGGCCUCCAGCAACAAGGGUCCCAAGUGUGCAUCCAUGCAGUGGCCGGUGAGACGGGCUGUAAAUUUGAAGUUCGAACAACGAGGUUGGAUGAGAAAUACGGCAUGCGCGGGAUCAAUGCAACAGGAAAUCAGCAACCACGACCCGCACUUCCGUCUUGUCAAGUUCUUGCUCGAGAGUUGAGGCUCUGCCGCCCAACUUUCAAGGUAUAUAUGGAGUGAGAAUAACUCCUGGAGUCUAUACCGAUGGCAGUGGUGCGGACAAAAAGAAAAGUAUAAGCCUCCAUCCCCACAAAAUACACAGUUCAAACCUUCAUCCUCCCAUUGGCCUUGAUAAGGCUCAUUCCGCUCCUCGCUUCGAACCGGUUAAAUCUAUCGAAAAUGCCAGCAUCCUCCAAAAAGGUGGCGGAUGGUCCUGAGCAGUUUUUCACCGCCCCAGCGCAGGACGAGAGGGAGCAGCCAUGGAAGAAAUUCUGGCAGGCCAAGGGGUCUGAUGAGAAGGACACGUUCGUCGUGACGGAGAAGAACAGAAAAGCGUUGCAGGGUGGCCAUGUCGCAGCUUGAGUGCCAGAUAACCAAACGACCAGGCUACGAGUAGUGGAAGCAAUGUCAGUCAUUACUACUGUAUGAAGUAGUAGACACGUAGACUACCAAUUUCCCACAAAUGUUGAAUGUGCAGACAUC